AUGACCACGAAUUCGAGGCAGUAUGGCUGGCGCUCGAUAUUACUGCUUCUGCUGUGGUGUAUUGCUUCCUUAGUCGAAGCACAGAGCGCCGCCGGCCUGCUUACACAAGUACCUAAUUGCGCACUUCCAUGCAUCACACAAGGUCUACAAGAUGGCAACUGCAGCUUGACAUCGGUUGCGUCAGUGACUGAAUGUCUCUGCCCCAAUAUCAAAUUACAGUCGGAUCUAUCGACAUGUGUGCAACUCAAGUGUCAUCUCGAAGACCAAGCUCGCGCCGCGAAGCUCGAGACAAACCUUUGCGAUGCUUAUCCCAAGGAGUCGAGAAGUAAUGAAGUCAAGACCAUCGCCAUCGUCCUAUCAGUCAUCACGUUUCCCGUGGUUGCGCUGCGGUGCAUAUCGCGAUGGAAGACCACCAACAGACUAUGGUGGGAUGAUUGGACGGCAAUCUUUGCAACAAUUCUCCUAGCCGGCUUGGCUGGUAUCGAAAUCACGAGUGCCGAUCUAGGCUUCGGAACACAUUACUGGAACAUCGAUCUCGACGCCGGAACAAAGCUACUCAAGCUUUUCUACGCCGUUCAGCAACUCUAUAUCUUGAUCCAAGUCUUCGCGAAGAUCUCGAUCCUGUUGUUCUUCUCCCGCAUCUUUCCCGCUAAGUGGUUCCAGCUCACCGUCCGAUACUUCAUCAUGUUUUUGCUGCUCCACGGCCUGAUCUUCCUCCUGGUUAUCGUCUUCCAAUGCACGCCAGUCUCUUCAGUCUGGGAUAGAAGCAACCCGAACCGGACAUGCCUGAACGUUACCGCCAUUGGAUACGCUGGAGCAGUCUUCAGUAUUGUCGAGGAUUUGGUGAUCUUGGUUCUGCCUAUUCCUGAGUUGGUCAAAUUGCAGCUCAAUAUCAGGAAGAAAAUUGCUCUAGGCUUCAUGUUCAGCCUUGGCUCAUUCGCCUGCAUUACGACCAUGGUCCGUUUGAAGUACCUCGUUAUGUUCUCGAGCACUUUCGACACCACUUGGGACAACGUCGACAUUGUAAUCUGGUCCAUUAUUGAGGAAUUCUGCGCCAUCCUCUGCGCAAGUCUUCCAGCACUGCGGCCCUUACUCCAGAAGGUCCCGCAACUCUUCUCCAGCAACAAGACCAACACCAAAAACGUCAGCUUGGGGACGGUAAACUCGAGACGUUCGAUGCUCAACAUCGGCAAGGAUAAGUUUCACGAAAUACCCGAGACGCCAUCGAUGGCAUCAGAAAUGCCGCCCACGCCGAUCGACCUUGCGGACGAGAUGGCAGCAAAGGCCGACGGAAAACGUCAGGUCCUCAUCACCAAAGAUGUCAAGGUCAACGUAGCCAAUUUUGAGCUGCAAAAUGUAAAGUCUAGCAAGAGGUGGCAGAAGAACGAAAAUGGGAGGUUCUAA